AUGGCCAACCUCAACAUAGAUGAGGUGCUCAAGAAGCUGACGAUAACCGAAAAGGUCGAGUUGCUCUCGGGCAUUGACUUCUGGCACACCAAAGCUAUGCCCAAACAUGGAAUCCCGUCCAUUCGCAUGUCUGAUGGCCCCAAUGGUGUCCGUGGAACCAAAUUCUUCAACGGCGUCCCCGCCGCUUGCUUCCCUUGCGGCACUGCCCUCGGCGCUACCUUCAACCAAGAGCUUCUUGAACAAGCUGGCAAGACCAUGGGCGACGAAGCCAUUGCUAAGAGCGCCCACCUAAUUCUCGGCCCGACCAUCAACAUGCAACGAUCUCCUCUCGGCGGCCGUGGCUUUGAAUCAAUUGGCGAAGAUCCUUUCUUGAGCGGUCUCGGCGCUGCAGCGCUGGUUCGUGGUAUUCAAAGUACCGGCGUCGUCGCUACCAUCAAGCACUUUCUCUGCAACGACCAAGAAGACAAGCGCAUGGGUGUUCAGAGCAUAGUUACCGAACGUGCUCUCCGCGAGAUCUAUGCGAUGCCUUUCCAGCUUGCUGUGCGUGAUGCUCAACCUGGCGCAUUCAUGACUGCCUACAAUGGAAUCAAUGGCACCUUUUGCAGCGAGAACCCCAAGUACCUAGACGCUAUGCUGCGUAAAGAAUGGGGCUGGAACGGUCUCAUCAUGAGUGAUUGGUACGGCACGUACAGCACAAAUGAUGCCGUCAAGGCUGGCCUCGAUCUCGAAAUGCCUGGACCUUCACGCUUUCGUGGUGACGCCCUCCAAUUCAAUGCCUCGACAGGCAAGCCAUUCAUGCACCACAUUGACGACCGCGUCCGCACAGUGCUCAACCUUGUGAAAAAGGUCUCGUCCCUGCCAAUCGAAGAGAAUGGCCCCGAAGGUACUCUCGAUACUCCCCAAACGGCCGCUCUGCUACGAAAGAUUGGCAACGAGAGCAUUGUACUUCUCAAGAACGAUGAUAAGAUACUCCCAUUUGCCAAAGACAAAAAAACAUUGGUACUAGGACCCAACGCCAAGGAGGCCACCUACCAUGGUGGUGGCUCUGCUGCUCUUCGUGCCUACUACGCCAUUACUCCGUAUGACGGUAUCAGUGAGAAGCUAGGCAAUCAGCCUACCUUCACUGUCGGCGCCUACACACACCGCUUCUUACCCAUUCUGGGCAAUCAGCUCACCGACCCCGACGGCAAGCCUGGCAUGCGCUGGAGAGUCUUCAACGAAGCCCCUGGUACAGCUGACCGCAAGCUCAUUGACGAGCUCCAGUUCACCAAGACUGAGAUGCAUUUGGUCGAUUACAGCAACCCCAAAGUCAACGAUGUUUGGUAUGCCGACUUGGAAGGCUCCGUCGUCGCUGAUGAGGAUUGCGCGUACGAGAUCGGUGUCGUUGUUUCCGGUACGGCCAAGGCCUUUGUUAACGAUCAGCUCAUUGUCGACAAUGCUACGAAGCAGGUUGCCGGUGACGCCUUCUUUGGAUCCGCCACCCGCGAAGAGCGCGGUCGUGUCGAUAUGAAGAGAGGCGAAACUUACAACUUCCGCAUCGAGUUUGGCUCUGCUCCUACCUUUACACUCAAAGGCGAUGCUUAUGUGCCUGGUCACGGCUCUCUGCGCGUCGGCGGCUGCAAGGUCAUUGAUGACCAGCAGGAAAUCAAAAAGUCCGUGCAGCUCGCCAAAGAGCAUGACCAGGUCAUAAUCUGUGCUGGCCUCAACGCUGACUGGGAGACGGAAGGCGCUGACCGUGCGACCAUGAAGCUGCCCGGCGUCCUUGACCAGCUCAUUGCCGAGGUCGCUGUCGCCAACCCCAACACAGUUGUCGUCAUGCAGACUGGUACGCCGGAGGAGAUGCCUUGGCUCUCACAGACCAAGGCUGUCCUUCAGGCCUGGUACGGCGGCAAUGAAACUGGCAACUGUAUCGCUGACACGGUCUUUGGUGACUCAAAUCCCUCCGGCAAGUUGUCGCUCAGCUUCCCCAAGCGCCUGCAAGAUACUCCUGCCUUCCUCAACUUCCGCACCGAAGCUGGCCGCACACUUUACGGCGAGGACGUCUACAUUGGCUACCGCUACUACGAGUUUGCCGACAGGGAAGUCAACUUUCCCUUCGGUCAUGGUCUUUCUUACACUACGUUUGGCUUCUCCGAACUCUCCGUUGCCGUCGCCGAGAACAAAAUCAACGCUACCGUCACAAUUACCAACACUGGUAGUCGCAAGGGUGCUGCCGUCGCCCAAAUGUACAUCCAGCCAAAGCAAGCUGCUCGCAUCAACCGCCCUAUUAAGGAGCUCCGUGGGUUCACAAAAGUCGAGCUUGAGGCUGGCGCGUCCAAGACGGUCACCAUCAGCGAGCUCGAAAAGUACGCUGCGGCGUACUUUGACGAGGAGCGCGACCAGUGGUGCGUAGAGGCGGGCGACUAUGACAUUGUCAUUGGCGACACUAGUGCUGUCAACGAUAGAACGCUGCGGGCUACCAUCAACGUGCCCGAGUCAUAUUGGUGGUCUGGUAUUUAG